GCGACGCCACAUGCCUUCAAGAGACUUGAUCAGCAUUGCGCUUGUUGGCAUGGAAAUUCGAGAUAUGCAUCCUGUCGCGCAGCAAGACUUGGAGCGUCGAAUCAUCUCCAGAUUUGGUAAGCCACCUCAAGUCUGCAGCCAAGGGAUUCUGGCAGAGCACCACAUCGAAUGACUUUCUUAUGUUCUUCAAACAUCAAGCCGCCAUACGUGUUCGGGGCACCAAGACGGCUGUCAUUCAACUGUGUCAGGCUGGUGAUGAUUGCAGCUACUAAACAAGAAAGGUUGCAGAUCCAGGAAGCUCUGAAAAGAAAACAAGAUGCGAAUAAAAAAAAACCGUUCGUUCAAGUUUUGCACUGGUAUUCUUUGUUUGCGAAUAGAAUCGGACUUGAUGAUGCAAUACUAGACAGAACACAGUCUUCCUAUGAUCAACACAGCUGCUCUUCCAGCGAUACUUCACGCUAUCACUUCAGCAGUGGACAUUGCUUCAUGCCCCGUGAGUGCGUCUGCUUUCUGGUCCUCGCAGAUGGACCGAGCGGGCCGCCUCGGUUGUUCCAGGUUUGCCUCAAAGCCCUCCAUCUAGGCAAAUGGGGGAUAGUUCAUCGUCAAAUGAAAGUAAUAGGAAGCCUUGUGUAUCGCCGAAGGAAGACUACUGUGGCGAACUGGCUCCAUUUUCUGAGUUCCGCCGUUCUCUCAACCCCUGGCAUACGCGUGAUGGAGGUUCCAAGCAAAGCUUCAUGCAAGGCGAGCAUACAGUCCUGUUCCGAUCCCUUUGUCAUAGAGUCCUAUAUAUGGGUUUCCUUCUUGUACCAAGUGCCAGGACUUGCUGCUUCUCGCGACUGUGUCGGUUGUUCAGCACUAUCGAAUUCUGCCUUCGUAUAAGCAUGUAUCCUUCCCCUCUCCCGGUCAUACCGGGUAUAUACGAGAAAUAUAAGGACAAACCAGGCGCUGACGAUCCA